UCCUUUUACUUUCCUCUUUUUUUCCUCCUAUUUAUUUAAUAAUCUUUUUUGUUAUAACUUUACCUUUUAAUCUUCUUUCUUUCACCUGCAACUUUCAUGGCGGUUUUACCCAUCUGUUCUUCACACUUGGAGUUGACGAUAUCUGUCCCUGGCUUCGCUUCUUCUCCUUCUCCUCCUUCUGGUGAUCGAGGGGGUUCCAUGGUGAGAGAUUUUGAUAUAAACCAAACACCAGGCGGAGAAGAUGAAUGGAUCACGGCAAGCAUGGAAGACGAAGAGGAAAGCUGCAACACUAACGGCGGAGCCGCCGCUCCUCGGAAGAAGCUCCGGCUGGCGAAAGAACAGUCUCGCCUACUGGAAGAAAGUUUCAGACAUAACCAUACCCUAAACCCUAAGCAGAAAGAGGCAUUGGCUUUGCAACUCAAGCUUAGGCCAAGGCAGGUUGAAGUUUGGUUCCAGAAUCGUAGGGCCAGGAGCAAGUUGAAGCAAAAUGAGAUGGAAUGCGAGUACUUGAAGAGAUGGUUCGGAUCGCUGACGGAGCAGAACCGAAGGCUUCAACGGGAGGUGGAGGAGCUCCGGGCGAUGAAAGUAGUGCCUCCGACAGUGAUCUCGCCUCACAGUUGUGAGCCUCUGCCGGCGUCGUCCCUUACGAUGUGUCCUCAGUGUGAACGUGUGACUACCACUACAACAUCUGCCCUUGACAAGGGCUCCACGAAAAUGACUGUCGCUGCCACCACUGUCACCACUGCGGCUGCAUUGUCGCCUAAAGUUGGGACAUCAGCUCUCCAAUCAUGGCCAUCUUCGGCGGCUUGCUAACGGGUAACCAAGUUUAUCAACUUAAUUUAAAAAAAGAAAAAAGGGAAACG